AUGAAGGCCCUCGAGAAAGUUGCAGACUCAGUGUUGGCCCUGACAGUGCCUGAUGAAAGAACCAUACCAAUCACAGUAGGACAACUAUCCAUGACACUCGGAAGAUAUAGCAUCCAGAGACUCUCAGGACUGGAAAUAAAAGCAGGAAAAGGCCAGUUUAUCUUACCGUCUAAUGGCCAAUUGUUACUCUCUGGAGUAAACAUAACAAGUUUCGUAGAUGUUCAGGUAGGUAUUCACGCCCUAAAGGAAAAUUUAAAUCCAAGUUUUAUUUCAGCAGAUACCGACCCCAGUCAAGUAAAGUAACACAUUGGGUACCUUAAAAGUUUCCUAUUACCUUCAGCAAUCAUAUUCUUGUCUUGCUUUUGGCAUGUUCGACUCUGGCACUUGGAACGGCAAAAAGAGUCGAAUCAAGCUUGAUUUUCUUAACAUCUCCUUAAAUAAACCUUACAACUUAGUUGAUAACAGGAUCAGAUCUCCUACUAGCCAUUUUCGUCGUUUUACAUUCUGGUUUCAAAAAAUUGGCAAUGAAAAUAUUUCAUAUUAAGAGACCACGUAAAUAUAAUUUUUUUUUUUUUGGUUUAAAAAUAUAUUUUCAGUUUUAUUUUGCCCUUGACUUAUGAUAACUUAUGAUUAGUAGUGACACCGAAUACUUUGUUUGUGUUCAGUUUGGAAGUUCACCAAUAAAAUCAAACAAGUAAAAUUUUCAAUCGUUCUUCUUUUAGAUGCUGUCAUUUUCUUUUAACCCUUAUACUUGGGAUAGUUCAAAGGAGCGAGUUGACUCUGAUGUCGUAACCCUGCAGCUGAAAAACAACAAAGGAGAGCUAAUUAAAGUAUCAAAUCUCUCGGAAGACAUCGUCAUCAUUACACCUUUGAAACCUGGGAAAAACUUUACGGAAAAGGCAAAGUAUUUCACAAGGAAUGACAAUUUACUUUUUCACGAGAUAGAGGUUAGAUUUGGAAACACCUUGCUGAUGAUGGAAAUCAACCCUCAAGAACCAAACGUAUAUCUGUUUGCAUAUAUGCGUUUUGGUCAGCGGCCAACAUCUCAAGACUACGACCUCAAUGCCACUAUCCCUCAUGACGAAAAGUGUGUUUGGAUGCUAAGUGCACAUGACAAAAGUGAAGGACAAACGGUCUGCUCCUUGAAUCCUCAUGUACCGAUACAAGUACUUGCUGAGCGUCCCGGGAAAUACUUUCUUGGCUUAAAAAAUUACAACGCCACAGUGAAUUUAUCUCACAAAAGAGAUAAAAGGUCUUGUCUUGGAGGAAGGCGAAGAAAGCGUUCCUGCGUCGAAGUCAAAGAUCCACCACCCACCCCACCCCAGGGUGAAAAUGUCUCUGUGAUGCCAGUUUAUGAUUCCACAACAGACCAGAAGUACACUCUGAAGGUGGUCUUAGGUAGUUGUGUUUACUGGUCAGAAAAAUUUGACAAGUGGAUAUCAUCUGGCUGUCGGGUAAGUGAAAAAUUAUAUAACGAUCUUCAGGACAAUCUGUUUUCUAAAUUUAACAUUGUAUUUAACACAGUUCAGAUACUUGGAGCUUUCCUGAGUAAUAUUCGCAAAAAUUACUGUGCGAUUGUAAUAAUCUUUACUCAUUAGGUUCGUUAUUGCAUUCAGGCUAAUCUUUGAUAAGAGAACAUUUUCAGACAAAAGUCGAAUCGAUUUGAUAACCAGCCGGGGCUAAUCAGCGCCUUAAAACAGAAAACAUACAAUGUGAUUAAUGGUGACAGCCAAAAUGAUUAUUUUUCUUAAUAAUAUCUUCCUUGCAUUUUAUAAUUCCAGGUUUUAGCAGAAUUAGAUGGAUUCUUAAAUUGUAGCUGUAGCCACCUGACAUCAUUUGGGGGAAGUCUUUCAGUUGAACCGAAUCCUAUUGACUUCGACAAGGUUCUAGUCGAGUUCCAGCAGUUACCAGAAACUGGAAAUAUCGCUGUAAUUGUGGCUAUUGCGGUGGUUUUAUUGUGUUAUACAACUACGUUUGUUAUCGUAAGGAAAUUCGACAAAGAAGACGCGAAAAAUGUAAGUGUCGACCCGGAUUUUGCUUAGGACCAUUGUUUUCACGGGACAUGCUCUUUCACUCUCAAACUCGGGGUGUCAAUUCUCCCCUCCAGCUGUUAUAAAUUUUCUUGUAAAAUAAGUAAUGACCAUUUGCUAAUAGUGGAGCUCGCAGAGCGUAGCCCGAUAAUUAUACAAAAUAGUAGUAACCCAUCAAGCUGACAAAAUUUGGAUGUACGACCGUACGACCGUACAAGGUGCUUCUUUUAACAUGCGCGGUCAAAUGUACCGCGGGCACGCCAAUACCACGGCUUUGUUCAGUGGUCCAGUGGUCAGUGCACUGGGCUCCGAGUCGGACGACCCGGGGGCUAGUCCUGGCCGGGGCAAGACGUUGUGACGUGCGGGAAAAAAAGAUGCGAGCUCCGCUUUUAGGCUUGGCUAAAUCCAUAUAUUAUAUCAAGAUACCAACUUCUACUUGAUAAGUCUGAAUAACUGUUUCCUGGAUAAUAGGCGGAUGUUUGUUGGAGAAAUUACAUGUUGAUCACUUCUAGGGGUUAAAGGGCUAGGAGGAAAAGGCUUUAAUGUUGACGACAUUAUUCGCUUUCAAGGUUUGUUGAGAUCGAGAUUUUAACUUUUAAACGCGUUUAACAUAUCCUAAAAAAAAAAUUAAAAUUUAAAAGUGAAGUGACAGUCAAUUAAAUUAGACCGUUUUCAGGGUUUACCAUGAUUUUUUUUUUCGGAAAGGGACAAAAAAGCGAAUUAAGAAUAUACAUUAGCUAGCCGUGUGAAUAGUUCAUGCUUUAUUAUGUUUUUUUAGAGGAAAUUACCGAUCCAACUUCCAUCAUCAUGUUCAAGUAGCACCUAUGAUUAUAUUAUAGUGAUUACUACUGGGGCUUGGAAAAACUCAGGCACGACUGCUCAUGUAGCUUUGGAGAUAUACGGUUCUGAAGGAAAGAGUGGCAUUCUUCAGCUUAGCCAAGAAGAGCCUGCUGCAGUUGAUGUGUUAUUCUCUCGAGGUAAUUCAGAUGUUUUUGUACUUUAUGUUACCAAAUCACUUGGUUCGAUUCAAAGAGUGCAGAUUGGGCAUGAUAAUUUUGGAGAUAAUCCCUCGUGGUACUUAGAGGAAAUUCUGAUUCGGGAUGUACAAUCCAGGCAGUGUUGGAAAUUCUUGGCCAGUCAGUGGUUUGCUCUUGAGCGCGGUGACGGGCGCAUCGAGCGAAUAAUCGACAAGACCUCAAAUCAUCUGGAUUUUGGCGAUGAAGUUGCAAGACGUUGGCGAAGAGGCCUCGCGGAAGGGCAUAUUUGGAUUUCAGUAGCAGCCAAGCUAGGAAGAAGCUGCUUUACAAGAGUACAGCGGCUUUCUUGCUGCCUCUCAGUGCUUUUGACAUCCAUGUUUGCUAACGCGAUGUUCUAUAAGUUAGAAGGCAAAUAUGAACAGCCUAUCCAAGUCGGACCACUGAAAAUGUCGUGGAGACAAGUGGUGACUGGAAUUGAAAGCGCGCUUGUUGUGACGCCCAUAAACACUGUCAUAGUGUUACUGUUUCAGAAAGGGGCUGAAAAGUCUGUGACGAACAAUGGCUAUUGUCAUAAAGGUACCCUGAUCAGUGGUAUCUCUUGGUGUUUGUUGCUUUUUUCUUGUUUUUAUUCGGCUGCGUUUACAAUUUUUUACAGCCUUAUUUGGGAAAAGAUUGUCAGCGAGCAAUGGCUGUCUUCGAUGCUUAUCUCAUUCGCGCAGGACGUAACAAUCAAGGAACCAGUAAAGGUGUUCUUCACAGCUUUAACUGUCGCGGCCAUUUUAAGGAUAAAGGCGAAGAGAUCAAAAGUACACGCCUGCGAAAGCCCUCAGCAAGUUAAAGCUGGGUACAAUAAGAAAAAUAUUUGGGCACUGGAAUUUUCAGAAGUGGAAAAGAUGAGGAGACGACAAGCUAAGAAACAGAACCUGUCACGUUAUUUCACAGAAUUGGGUUUAUACUUGGUCUUCGUUUUCUUACUUCUGGCAGUGUGCUAUGGAAACAGAAGUGACCAUCGGUACUUGAUGACAAAAUCAAUCCGAGAUGGACUACAAAACUUCGGCAAGGUGAGUAAACAUUACUUUGUUAUGAUAAAUCCUUUGCUGAAAUUCCCGAGUUUGAUUCAUCUUACGGUGUUUCAUUCCUAUGGGACUUCAAAAUCGAGUAUAUGAGGGGAAAUUUUACUUUGCCGGCCUCCUCAAGGACUGGUUUCUUUUUUCUUCUAUACAGACAUUCGGUGAUUGACUGAGGCAUUUUCUGCUCUUGUAAUCGACAUUUUGAGUAGGAAUAUCUCUUUAUAAACAGAGCAACAGAGAUAUGUUAGGGUGUAAGACCCGAACUCAGGACUGGAGAGAAAUUCCAAGCGAUAGUAGUAUAAUUCCAUGAAGAGAUUGGAUUGACAUUCAAUUCUACCAUAGCAACUCACACAAACCUUAUAUUUGAGGGGAUGGGUGCAAUAGGAAUGAGCACUUGGGAAUAAUAGUCUACAACAGUGUCUACGAUAGGCCCAUACAUACUAACUUGUUUGUGUGACUAUAUAUAUAGUGUAUAAUGUCUAUUAUAUAUAUAUAUAUAUAUAAUCAAAAAUUAAAACACAGACUUCUUAUAUAAAUAUAUAUAUAUAUAUAUAUAAAUUUAUAGGGGAAGUCUAUGUUUUGAUUUUUCCGUUUUACAGUGCUCGAUACGUAGAAGUAGAGCGCAAUAUAUAUUGAGAUACGGGAAAAAAGAGACUAUACUUUCAUCCCUGCAAGCCUGUUUCGUGAUUACUCUCUCAUCAGGAUAUUGUAUUGCUAAGAAUAUUCGUACCAUCGUUUAGAUACUUUACAAAUUUGCAUAAUAGGCGUGGCGGUAAUUUCAAUGCUUUGUUCAAUUGUUACGCAGUAACGCUUUGUUUCUGUGGCGGCAUGCGGACACGAGUUCAUUACCUUCAUUGAGUGAUGAUAAUUCAAGUUGGCAGAUGAUGGGUAAUUUUUCUUUGAGGCAGAGGUUGCAUCUUUUGCUUGCGCUGUUAAAGGGUGAUCUAGAUGAAAGGAUGCGCCAUGAAAUAAAAUGGUCCAUGUUAUUUUCUUUAAGGGUUCAGAUAUGUUUGCUGAGUUCGAUAGAGUUUCUGUGUUUUGUGUGUCGGAAUGAUGCGGUACAGUUUCUAUAUCUAGUCUUGAAGUCGUUUUUCUGUAAGUCCGAUAUAUGUUUCAAUGGUGCUGUUGUCCUUACGUGACGGUUGCUUAGUAGAUUUGUGGUGACUGAAGGCAGUUUCCGUUAAGUGGGCAUGUUUUCUUCUUUGGGCAGUUGCAAGUUUUGGUGUCUUUUGUUUUGGUGUUAUCUGCGGUGUCAUUGAUGUGUUUUUUGGAUGAAUUUAAAAUGCAUUUGUUGCGGUUGUCGAUGAUCUGUUGAAUGUUAUUCAUGCAGCUGUAACUGAUCUUGAUUGCGUUACGAUCAAAGAUUUUUUUAAGUUUGCGGUCUUUCUGGAACUGCUUGUCUAUUAGGGCAAGGAAUCUAUGUCUGAUAUUGGUGCUAACAUUUUUGCUGAAUGGUAGGUUCUAUCAGAGUAUGUUGUUCCGUUGUCUGUUUUUUUCAUUUGUUAGUUGUGGGUGGUUCGUAGUGUAAAGUGUACCGGUAUCCGCAUUCGUCGAGUGCUUUUUUUUUGGUGGAGCGGCUUCGCCGAAAGGGAUGACAGUCUUGUUGAUGCCGGCGGGUAUGUCCUUUGUGGUGGUUGGUGCGUGGAUGCCUCGGUGGACGUAUCGUAGUGUGGUGUAGGGCUUUGUGAAGGGUUGGUGGGUGUUUUUGUUCAGGUUGAAAGUGACGUCUAAGAAAUUGAUGGUCUGUUUGUUGGCUUCGAUGGUGAUCCGUAGUUCAUUGUGAUUAAAGAUGUGGCAUAUUUCUUUUUUGACGUUUUCUAUAUCUCUCGGUGUGGCGUUUGAAAAGCCAUACCGAGAGACACUACGAUACGUCCACCGCGAGAGCAACCACCCCACAAUUUGUAAACCGUUUAUAAGAGAUUUAUCGAUUUAUUAACCCGAUGCGAAAGAUUUUAUGAUGGAAAACACUGAGGAUUUCUUAAACAAACUAGUGUUUCAAAAUAAUAAUAAAAAAAAAAUCCCACGCGUGAGACAAAGAAAGCAAGUGAAUUCAAUUUAUACGCUUAACCGCAGAGUUAUAUUUUUAAUUUAUAAAAAUGAUCUUGUUGUGUCACACUGUCGUCUAUAUGCUUUCUAUGCCAAAAUGUAUAAGACCAAUGUUUGAUCGAGAAAUUAAAAUUCUUAUAACCGAGAGAGUGAAUUUGAAAUAACCUAAGUUUACUUCCCGGCCAUCGUCAGAGGCCGAUAAAAAUCGAUUUUACUUGUAUUUAACGAAACUGAAUUCAAACAUUCAGCUUAGCGUUUUUGUAAAAAAAAUUCUGAAAUCUUGAAAAGCAACCGAUUUACUUAGAAAAACGUAUUUUCAAACAUAAGUUAAUAAAUCAGGAAGGAGUCAUAAUCUCGGACUUGGCCAAGUCCCCUGAGGGAAUUUUUGCGGCAACUGCUCAUGAUGUAACGCCUCGGUGGUGCGACAAGAGAAUCGUUUCAGAGAAUCGUUUAAGAGAAUCGUUCGAGAGAAUAAUAUUCACAUCCUCUUCAGAAGUCGUUGGUGAGACAAUGUGAAUAUUAUUCACCUGUUAAAAAUUCAAGUUGCCUUGAAAUCGGGGUUGUUUAAAAUGCGUCAGAAGCGUUUUUUUUUAAAUCAAGGUUGAAAUCAACCUUGAUUUUAAGGCUAAAAAAUUCAUGAGUUGACUUGAAAUCAAGGUGUUUUUCAAAAUGCACCAGAACCUACUUUUUCUAACUACUUAAAUACGUGUAUAUCUAUCUAUCUAUAUAUAUAUAUAUAUAUAUAUAUAUAUAUAUAUGUACGUAUGUAUGUAUUUAUGUAUAUAUAUAUAUAUAUAUAUAUAUAGGAAGUCUGCAAGUCGAUUUUCGCGUCGAACAGUGCUCAAUACGUUGAAGCAGAGCAGAAUAAAUAUUAUGAGAGGAAAAAAGGACGCAACUACAUUUCCCGGGAAAUGGGAAAUGUAGUUGCGUCCUUUUUUCCUCUCAUAAUAUUUAUAUAUAUAUAUAUAUAUAUAUAUAUAUAUAUAUAUAUAUAUAUAUAUACACAGCCCAAUAAUCUUGUAUUAAUUCAGGUGAAAAACAACACAAUGUACUGGUGGUGGUUACAGCGUGUUUUCAUUCCGGGAGUGUUUUCCGGAAGAUGGUACAACGGCCAAAAGGAAAACCGAACAAUUUACAUUGGUAAUAAACGCUCUCUUCUCAUUGGAAUGGCACGAAUAAGGCAACUCAGAGUGAGAUUGAGUAAGUUUUUCCUACUUUUAUUCAUUUACCCACUCAAAUUAUCAUACCUUUUAUAGUUGAGUCUGAUAGAGAAGCGAUCUCUGUCCAACCUUAAGUAUAGAGUUAAACAAUAGUUCACUGAAAUUCCUAAAGAACAAUACAGAAAAUGCACCGGAGACAAAUUUCUCGGCUGCUGACCAUUGUACAAUUAUUUGGAAAAGAGUUUAUAAUUAGGUAGCUGCAUUUUUUUAUGAACGUUAAAUUUGGGUUUUAAUGGACGGCAUUCCUCUGCCCCGUGGGCAAACUUUGAAGACUUCUUAGGCAACUUUAGUUCUCUAUAACAGAAAUGUCCAUGUCUAUUUAAAAGUACGCACUAUGAGAAACUGCUGAGUGAAAUUAAUACCAAAACAAACUUCCAACUUCCUGAUCAUGAUCCUUUGUUUUCCAACUUGCAGCACAAUGUAAAGUCCUCAACUAUAUGGAAACAUUGUUCGAAGAAUGUUUCAAGGGAUACUCGACAGAGAACGAAGAAAAGACCGCCUACACCAAACCAGGCUGGAUGCCUUUUGACAAUGCUACUAGGAAGUACGAGUUAUUACAACCUUGCCCGAAGCCAUGGCGAUAUCAAAAUGCCGAGGAAACCGACACUACACCCAGGUGGGGACAGUUCUCCUUUUAUGAUGGAGGAGGAUUUGUAGCAGACCUCGGCUAUGAUAGCCAUACGGCAUUCAGUACAGUAACAAAUUUACAAGACAACGGCUGGGUUGACAGGCAAACCAGAGUUGUCCUGGCAGAGUUUUCGACAUUCAAUCCGUCGGUAAAUAUUUUAGGUGUUGCCACAUACUUCUAUGAAGUUGAUGCAUCUGGACUGAAAGCAGCCUCUGUGCAAACUCGUGUUCUUUCACUAGAUUCUACAACCGCACCUUCGCAUCAGUUUUAUUUGAUUUGCUUGUUUCUGUACGUUGUAUUCGUUUUUCUGUAUUUUGGAAGAGAAAUGUUUAGGCUUUAUAAUCAUCGCUCUCGAUAUUUCAAGUCCGUGUGGAACUGGGUCGAGAUCUUCCAAAUUGUUUUUUCUCUGUUUGCUGUGGUAAUGUACGUAAUACGACAAAGUAAAACCCUUUCAACUAUGGGUAAACUGCAUAAAAACAUUUAUGCAAAUCUAAGUUUCCAAGAAGCUAUCACUUGCCAAGAAGUGGAAAUUGUCGUACUUGGAAUUCUUAUUUUCAUCGUCACUACCAAGCUCUUGCGAAUCAUUCGCUUCAACAGCUAUGUCGCUCUAUUCUCCAAAACAUUGAAAAUAUCUGCACGAUCUUUGUCAUCCUUUAGUAUUGUUUUAUUGAUUUUCUUUGUGGCAUUUUUGCAUUUUGGUGUCUUGAUGUUUGGCUCUGUAUCUGAGCGCUACUCUUCUCUGCUGAAAGGAGUUUAA